AUGAGGAGAAUAGUGCUGAGAACUCAAAUAAUUCUCUCUUAAAAUCUAAAUCAUUCAUUAUUUAGUACUACUAAAUUAUUUAAACCUAUUUACAGUCUUCAAUUCAAUAAAUAUAUAAUAAAUUUGCAACUUGACUAAUUACGUAAAAAGUAUAGAUUAUUCUUAUCAAUUCAGAACGAUUAUGGGUUUGAUGUUGAUGAAAAAGUGAAGGAAAUUCAUAAUAAACAUUCUGAUGAGGCAAUUGAAUUGAAAGAAGAAGAUGACCAAGAAAUUGGCUAUGGUUAAGAAGAUGAGACUAAUGUAAUGUGUUUACCUACUAUUCUAUUAGAUUAAGCUGGAGCUCGGGGAGCCAAAUAGGCUGCAUAAAGUGUCGUGUUUUAAGAAGAUAAGGUUUCCUUGCCUGGUGCUUAAAUUCCAAAUGAUUAUUCAAAUUUAUAAGUAGGUGCAGAAGUCAAAUAAUUGUUUGAGUUUAUAAAGCUCCUUAAAUAGUUUUGGAUGCAAAAUUAAAGCCAUUUAUUCCAGAUUAUGCACCUGAGACAAUUAAUUUAUUUACAUUAGUAAUCUAAUUAUGUAUAAUUUAAGGAUUAAUCUGCUAUAAAUCAAUCCAAAAGGACUAAAUUAGAUUUAAUAAAUAGGGGCAAAAAAUACUACUAUUUAUCCUAUAAAAAAUUAACAACCCAAAGGAAAUUACAGCAUGGAUUAUUGAUGAAGCAGAAAUGCAUAAAAAAAGUAACCUACAUCUAUUUCAUAUUCUAAAUUAUGCUUGAUAUUGAAGAAUUAAUGUAAGUCUUGCAGUUAGAAAUCGAAGACUUAUUCUAAAUCACUUAAUUACAGGGUGACACAUGGGUUUAUUAGAAUAUUGUUAAUUUCUCAUGCAAUUUGUUAGAUAUACUUAUUUAUUAAAUUAAUAACAAUAAAAAAAUCAUAGAGUCUUUGCAUUUUUUAUUGACGUUGUUUUCAGAAUUCAAAACAAAUUAACUUUUUCGACAAAACAAUGAUGAAAUUUAAUCAAUAUCCAAUAUUAUAAAAUUAUUUCCUUUUUCAUCCUUAUUCGCAGAUUAAAUUAAUUUGAAAAUAUCUAGUUUAAUUAUUAAUGAAAAAAACUAUAAAUUUGAAAUUCUAUCUAAUAUUAAAAUUAAUUGCUAAUAGAUAAAUCCAAUUCCAUUUUGGCAAAAUUAUCAUAACAUUAUACAAAAUUUAUAAAAUAUAAAAACCAAAUUGAUAUAAAAUCAACUUUUUUAGUAAUUGGAAAGAUAUUGA